CCGUGGAAACGCACCGUCUGUACCGGACACAGAAAAGCGACUAUCGGCACACGCUGUAUGGAUAUCUUUACAGGAUACUUUUGAUGCAGACUGAGAUUCACAUAUAAGCACGCGCACAUAAAAGGUGAACCCAGGCACUGUCGCUUUAAAGCGAAAACCCUCCCCCAGCUGGGAACCCUUGAAGACCCAGAUAACAUGGACGGAUUCUAUGACCAGCAAGUCCCAUUUAUGGUCCCACCCAAUCAGAAGUCCCAUGUGGAGGAAGCAUCUUACAGCAGGCCUCUCAGCGACAGAAAAAGGAAAUUUGUAGACACGGAGCUUGCCCAGGACACAGAAGAACUCUUCCAAGACCUCAGCCAGCUGCAAGAGAUUUGGAUAGCAGAAGCCCAGGUGCCCGAUGACGAACAGUUUGUCCCAGAUUUUCAGUCAGAUAGCUUGAUGUUUCAUGGCCCGCCACCAGCCAAGAUUAAACGAGAGCUGACUCCCUCCAAAGAGCUUUCUCCCUGUCGCCAGGACAGGAGUCCCAUGCCCUACGGAGAGAAGUGCCUUUACAGCUACAGUGCCUAUGACAGGAAACCCACUCCUGGGUUCAAGCCAUUGACUCCUCCCUCCACUCCUGUUUCUCCCUGCGGCUCCAUCAGCACUGCAGGGCCACACCCACUAAGUGAACAGACUCCUCCCCCUCACCCCAGAGUAACCAAUCAGACCGCAGGGCCACGCCCACUGCUUGUCCAGCAGCACCCUGUAACAGCGAGCUCCGGGCCUCACAACCAGCGACCACUACCAGUCCACAGCCAGAGUCCACCUUUUGCUGUGCCCUGCCCACCGCUCAGCCAGGAUGUCAACAGUUUUAGCCCAGAGCACAGGUUCCAGAGGCAGAUGUCUGAGCCAUGUCUACCUUAUCCCCCACCAGAGAGCCAAGCGCACUCCCAGUUGCUGUCCCAGCCACCCGGCAACAGAUUGUCACGGGAUGGCCGGCCUCCUUACCACCGGCAGAUGUCAGAGCCCCUGGUCAACGUGUCACCCCAGGGCUUUAAGCAAGAGCUUCUUGACCCACGAUACACUGAGCAAGGUGUGCCCACCAUGGGCCCCCCUGGACCGCCACCACCAGGCCCACCUCAGGCUCGCUUCCAUCCCAUGGCCAUCAAGCAGGAGCCCCGAGACUUCUGCUUUGAUUCUGAAGUGCCUAAUUGUCAGUCAUCCUUUGGGAGAGCAGGGGGCUUCUUUCAAAACAACCUUGAAAAUUUCUCCUUCGACAGAGAGCCUCACUUAUACUACGAUGACACCUGCGUGGUCCCUGAGAGACUGGAAGGUAAAAUAAAGCAGGAACCCGCGGUGUAUCGUGACGGGCCUCCAUAUCAGCGUCGCGGCUCCCUCCAGCUGUGGCAGUUUCUUGUCACGUUGCUGGAUGACCCGGCCAACGGCCACUUUAUUGCCUGGACUGGUCGCGGCAUGGAGUUCAAACUCAUUGAGCCAGAGGAGGUGGCCCGUCGCUGGGGCAUCCAGAAGAACAGACCGGCAAUGAACUAUGACAAGCUGAGCCGCUCACUGCGCUAUUACUAUGAGAAGGGCAUCAUGCAGAAGGUAAAGGUGGCUGGUGAGAGGUACGUGUACAAGUUUGUGUGUGAUCCCGAGGCUCUGUUCUCCAUGGCCUUCCCUGACAACCAGAGGCCAAACCUGAAGGCUGACCCGGACAGCCUGCCCGGGGUGGAAGACGACACGCUGCCCCUCACCCACUACGAGGAGACCCCUCCCUACCUGCUGGACGCUGGGGAGCAGUGCACCGCCAGCUUGCCCUUCCCAGACAGCUACAGCUACUGAACGUGAUGGAGGGUCCCGACACACAACCGUGUUCAAACCAACCCUUAAACCAUCCUGAACGACCCAGUCUGGAAAAAAAACAACAACAACCCCACAGCUGGAACUGCUGAGCAGCCUGGAUCAAACAAACAAACAAACAAACAAACAAUAACGUGUGCUCUCUCUCCUCUCCACGUCCUCCUACUCCUCCCUUAGACUGCCCAUGUACAGAUUAAAAACUGUCCGAGCUCCUCGGCUACGAAUAAAUGAAGAAAACCCCCGUGCACAAACGACGGCGUCGCUGCCGUCUUGCCAAGUGAGGGAGGGAGAGAACAGAAAGAGGUGAAGGCGGACUGACCUGAUCUCCGGCAGCUCUUGGUUGAGGUCAGGAGAUGAGAAGGAAGCAGAUCCAGAGACUGUGCAACUUUGGGGAAAAAGACAGAGACUGACACCCCCCCCCCACUGCCCCUCCAGAAAAAAAAGAAAACUUUGUUGCAAGACUGUUGAGAGUUGCUGCAAUUUCAAUUUUGUGACAAUCUGCAUUUUUGUUAAAAAGUUGAAUAACCUGUAGAGACUAAAGGUUUUAAUUCAGAUAAAAUAAUCUUACGUGCAGCACUAUUAUAUAGAUGCCUUUAUAAUCCCCCCCCCUUUUCCUCUCACAACCUUUUAACUACAGAUGUGUGCAAGGGCUUUAAUUUCCCACAAAAAAAGGAUGGGGGGAGGAACAUAUAUAUAUAUAUAUAUAUAUAUAUAUAUAUAUAUAUAUAUAUAUAUAUAUAUAUAUAGACCCACAACCUGGUUUGUUUUCGUAUGUUAUCAGAGACAUCCCAUGAAGGUUUCCUUUUCUCUGUAAAGUGAGCCUACGGUGAAGAACCCAGAGAGCUGUGACUCCAGGCCACUCUGCCUAGGACGAGGAUUAAAUCUGGUCUUCGGCUAGCUGGAAGGGCUCCUCAGUGUAAAGAAAACUGUGUUGUCUUUGUGUUUGUAUUUUUAAUUUCUAUUUCUAUUUUCAAUUCCCCGUAGUUGUUGCUGGGCUGCUGUAGGCUGUUGGGGUGGGGGUGGAGGGGGGUGCAUCUGCUUUACUCUGUAGCCUACAGCCCGGACCCCUCAGACAGGACAUGCUCCACCUCUCUCCCUUAUCUCCACCUCCAUUUCCUGUCCAAAGCCUACAAGUAAUUAGCACUCCAUUACCUUCAAUACAAAAGAACAAAAAAAGGGAAAGCGCAAGUACAUAUUUCCCCCCAAAGCUUUGAAGAUGCCCAAGAGGUCAUUAUGUAUGAUAUACGGUCACAUUGUUCUCUCUUCUUUUUUUUUAAAAAUUCUAUUUCUAUCUCUAUCUGGGUGUUUUCUUCGGCAGUGUACUAGUUCUACUGAUGCACCAGGAUGGCAGGCGCAUCAGGUCCUUGCAUGCAAAAAGGGAGGAGGGGUGUCAGACAUGACACCUUUUCCUGUCUGCCAGUCACAAGUUGUUAUCGAGAGACCCCUGGCAGGGUGUAGUCAAACCAGACCACCUGGCCUCUGACAUAUCGCUUUACUCUCUGGACAAAGAUGACAUUUGUGAUGUUCUCUGCAUUAUUAUUGGGUUUUUUUUUAUGUUCUACGUUAUUUCUAAAUGGGGGUGGGGGAAAAGACAAACUUAUAUAAAGUCUAUAUAUUUUUGCUAUAAGGCUGCACCUGUUUGAUUUUAAAGUAUAAGCUGUAUAGUUCUGCCUAUAACAAACAUGUACAUUUUUAAAAAGCCUAUCAGGAUUCCUGUGAUGCUCUCGCUGCAGACUGUUUUCUUCUUCUUCUUUCUCGACUGUCUGGCUGUAUGGCGCUGGGAGCGUGAUGGAAGUGGUUGUUUUGGGUUGUGAAGUUAAUGUGUAGAGGCCUUCAUUCCAGCAGAGGCCACAAUGAAAAAAUGUGAUCCAGUCUGAUCCAGCCGUACACUGGGACUGUCUGCACUUGUAUAGGCUUCGACCCCCCCCUACACACACACACACACACACACACAAUGUGUAUCUUACACUGCUGAGUUUAUCAUCAUCUG